AUGAUGUCUUCCCCAAAGGGCGACCGGCUUCGGUACGCGCAACAGAUCCACUUCGCCGCCUCCAACAACGUCGCCGAGUAUGAAGCCCUUGUGCAUGGCCUCCGGCUUGCCAAGGAACUCGGCAUCUGGCCCAUCCUGUGCUACAGUGACUCAGAUUUGGUGGUACAACAGUGCUCCGGUGAAUGGGACGCCCGCGACUCCUGGCAAGUUACCGAUUCCUCGUUCAGCAGUUGUCCGACUUCUUCGAUGGCUGCGAGUUCCUCCAUGUCCCACGCGCAGAAAAUGAGGCCGCUGAUGCGCUGGCCAAGAUUGGCUCAUCCCAGCAGUCCGUCCCGCCGGGCAUCUCCCACGAGCACCUACACAAAACCGUCCGUCAAGCCGUCUCCGGGCUCCGAGUCCAUCUUCAUCCCGGACAACCCGGCCGCGCCUCUACCCGGCCCAGGGGCUGCCGAACCCGGCCUGGAGAACGUCGAACCCAGCCCGGGGUCUGCUGAACCCGACCCGGUAAUGGCCCACCCGGCUCGGGGGCUGCAGCCCUCGACCCGGCCACCGUCAUCCUCGACCCGGCCGUCGUCGUACCCAGAACCCUCCAUGGUGGCCAUCUUCGCUGUGGUGAUGGCCACAUCGUGGGCCCUGCCCAUCUCGGAGUUCCUGGAGAACGGGGUUCUCCCCAUGGACGAGACCGAAGCCCGACAAGUGCAGCGCUGGGCGUCCGCCUACAACAUCAUCAACAACGAGCUCGUCAAGCACAACUCUACAGGCGUUUUCCGGCGCUGCGUCGAACAAGACAAGGGCAUCGAGAUCCUCCUCAAUAUACACCAUGGCGAGUGCAGGCACCACGCCGCCUCGAGGUCCCUGGUGGCCAAGGCUUUUCGCCAUGGUUUGUACUGGCCCACGGCUCUCCAAGACGCCGGGUCGCUCGUCCUCAAGUGCGAGAGAUGCCAACGCUUCAGCAAACACAGCCACCAGCCGGCCUCAACACUCCGAACCAUCCCGAUCACCUGGCCCUUCGCGGUCUGGGGACUCGACAUGGUGGGACCCUUCAAGACCGCUCGAGGCGGCAUGACACAUUUGCUGGUGGCGGUGGACAAGGUCACCAAGUGGAUCGGAGCACGGUCGAUCAAGAAGCUCGACGGGCCAACCGUUAUCCGGUUCAUCUAG